UGGGAUUCAACUCAGACACAGAUAUACCCGCCUCUGCCUUCUGAGUCCUGCUGUUAAAGGCAUGAGCCAAUACACCCAGUUUGCCCAUCUUAUUUUUCCUUAUAGUUAGUAAUUGUUGAUACAAUUUCUCUCGUGUGUACUCUGUACUGUUGAUUUGUUUCCUUGUCUCUCUCUAUUUGUUAAUAAGCAUUUCUCUUGCAAGGUGAUAUCCCAUUCAAAGGGUACAGAAAUGACAGAAGUGAUCCUCUUAUUCAGUUUUCUUGUAAAGGGACUUGUUGAUUACAUAUAAUUUGUAUGUCAUGAAGUAAGUGUGGGGAGCUUCAGAAUUAUAUGACUAUACUCUCAAAGAACUAUACAUUUACAAUGAUGUAAGUAUUAUGGUUUCUCUUGUACACAUGUAUGGGAUAUUUUAGAAUGCAGUGACCUAUGAUGAUGUUCAUGUCGACUUCCCUUGGGAAGAGUGGACUUUACUGGAUCCUUCCCAGAAGAAUCUCUACAAAGAUGUGAUGCUGGAAACCUACAGGAACCUCACUAUUAUAGGUAAGAUAGAGUUUUCUUCACAUAUUAAAAUGAGAGGACAACUGUUUUUAGUUUUUGGAUGCUCCUCUGUAAUUUGAUUGAGAAAGAAUAUUAGGUGAAUAAAUCAGUCAUAUUCUAAGUUUCACUGAAGGUAGAAACAUAAAUUUUGGACAGUUUUAAAGAAAAUAACAUAUAUUUUCUGGUACGUUAUUUUAGGAUACAAUUGGGAAGACCAUAAUACUGAAGAACAUCUUCAAAGUUCUAGAGGAGAUGAAAGAAUGAAACCUGGAAGCUAAAGGGAAUACCUCAUUGGAGACAUUGGUGGUGCAUCACUGGGCCUUGGCUAUAGGCAAGUAUAUUACUUACCCAGGGUGAGAAAUACUUUCACCUGGGACUACCCCUCAGAGUCCAUCCACUAUUUCAAAUACAUGUGUCAGUUAUGUUUUAUUUAACAAUCUCAGGGAAAUGGAAUGUGAGGAAGGGUCAGUACAACUUUUUACAGCUGUGUUUAGACUAAUUAAAAUGUCUAUGCACAUUAUAAAGCAAAGCACUGAAGCCACAUACCCAGGCUGUACAGAUUUCUAUGAUCUGCUGGAAUAAUGGACCCUCUCAAUGCAGGGAAGGAGAAGCUAAGUUUUAAUCUGUUGUAAACAUUUAUGUUUUUUGCAUCCCUGCUGUGUCACAAGUCACUGAUUUGGGACUUUUUUUAAAAUUUCUUUUGGUUCUCUGAGUAUGGAAUCAUGGAAUGCAGGUACUGCUGCCUUUGCACAUGGAAGAGUAUCAGAAAGGUGAAACUUUAAGAUAAAUUUUAUAACAAGAUCCAUAAAAAAGGGGAAGGACAGAUGGCAUGUUCUCAGAGUCUGUUGACAUACAAGGACGUGGCCAUCAAUUUCUCUGAGGAAGAAUGGGAAUGCCUGGGCACAUGUCAGAGGGAUUUGUACAGAGAGGUCAUGUUGGAGAACUACAGCAACCUGGUUUCUGUAGGUCUUUCUGUAUCAAAACCAGAGCUAUUCACCUGUCUCGAACAGAACAAAGAACCCUGGAUUAUGAACAUAGAGGGAGCAGAAGGUAUAGAACCAGGUCUAAUGAAGAUGUGUGGUCUCAUGCCUGCUGACAUAUUCCUAUAAUGUAAGGUAUUGUUCAGCCAAGUAAGAUAAAUUCACUUGGUCUCCUGAACUCCAUUGCUCUUAGAAAAUUGAAGAGGAAAUAUCAGUAGAUGGAUGAAA